GGGUCCAACGGUUGUGACCCUUCGUUCGAGCACCUCUUUACCAUGCACCUUUCUUCUUCACACCCAACCAAAGGUGACUCGUGAUUGUUUACUAGCUAUAGUGCAUGAUGAGAGCGGUUUCAGUGGUUGGAAAAUUUUCUAGGAUCAGUCCUUACUCACCUUCGGCAUUCUGCGCCUGUGCUCAUCGAUGGUAGCCGUUGGCUGAGGAGAUUGUCUGUCCUCAUUCUUCUCAUGGUGCAUCAUGGCAGAAACCUGUUACUGCAAUGUGUGCAACAGACUUCAGUUCUAAAACAAGAGCUUCUCAACAAGAGAUAUAGAGAAAAGCGGAAGAAUGAGAAGCCUCAGUGGGGAGGUCAUACUGAAUGUUCCUGCACAUACUGCAUGGGAAAUGUAUAGGGACAAUGAUACUGUUAGCAAGAUAAGCCCUGACAUGCUUGCUGCAGCUGAGUAUCUGCAAGGAGAUGGAUCUCCUGGAAGCCUGCGUCUCUUCAAGCUGGGUCCUGCUGUGCAGGACUAUGUCAAGGAGUCGACGGAACGGAUAGACGAGGUCGAGGUUGGCCGCUCGGUGACCUACAGCGUCCUUGCUGGUUGCCUCAGGGAGAUGUACAACCCAUACAAGGUCACAUUUUCUUUCUGCCCUGUGCCUGGCUUUGAGAAAGAAAAGUGCGUCGCAGGGUGGAAGGCAGAAUUUGAGCCCCUGAAUUCCACUGUGCCUGCACCAGAGAGGGCAAAAGAAGCUGCUCUUGGGUUCCUCUGCUUGUUUGAGAAGUUCUACUGUUCAAUGAAGUGAUUGGUGCAGCUUCAGUGAGAUACUUCUGCUAGACAGUGACUUUCCAAAGGGUUGACACGUAUCCUGUUGGAAGACUAAUGGGAGUAACUUACGUGCAUAUGGGCGUAUGCAUGUAAAUAGACAUAAUAUUGUUUACCGUCAAGAUAUUCUGUAUACCAGACUGUAUUAAAACUCCUUUUGGCUACUCUGUACAUGUUUAUUGUCAUCAUCAUCACUAAUAUACUCCUGAUGAUGAGGAAGAUGAUAAUUGCUGAAAAGUGGUAUACAGUGUAAUCGCACUAUAUAAUAUAAAGAAACGAUGUAAUGGAAAACAUUAUGUCUAUUCAAAUGAAUUAUCUACAUAACAAGGGAAUAGGAGAAGGAAUAUAUUUUUCUGAAGAAUGCAAGAAAAGAAUUGCUGAAAGGACCUCAAGCAAGCAAUGAUCAUAAAAGAAGAGGGGAUUGAUAGAAGAACCAUUUGCGACGAACCGCUUUUAAUCUCCUCCCUCAUAAAUGAUCUUA